CACGGAUCCAUCUAAAGACAAGGAAGAAGAAAGAGACAAACAACAAAAUGCAUCUCUCAACUCUCACCAUCGCUACUGCUCUCCUCUCCCUCGCCAGCGCCUUCAACAGCACUCAUUCUCUGGAUGCUCGCUCCAACUCUACCCAGCUUGAUCACCGUCAUGUUGCACGGGGGAAUACUACUACUGCCAACAUCAACACCCGCAGUAUGAGAGCCCGCCGGAAUGAUUCUGUUCCUGUUGAUGCUGUAACGGUUUACAUCCACACUCCGGACCAUCCCACCCCUCAGCAACUAUUCGUCCCGCCGACCAUAUGCGUGCAGCCUGCGCCUAUGAAAAUUCACGGCUUUGACCUCUCUCAUGGAUCGUGCUAUCUAUACUCGCACCCACUGUGUUAUGGACCGUCCGUGUUGGUCUCACCCGAUGUGAAGCCCGUGUUGGAUGGGGUGGAGGUGUUGGGGGUGAAAUGUGCUUAUUGAUUCAUCUUCCA